AUGAAGAUGAAGAUCGAGUUUGCAGCAGCCGCUGCAAUUGCAGCAUCUGGCGUCGUUGCUCAGUCGUCGUCUGCCCCCAUCACCUCUGCUGCAGUCAGCACUUCAACUGCAUCACCAGUCUACGUCACACUGACAAUCGAUGACUGCGAUACUACCGCUCCUCCAGCAAUGGUUACAGUGACCAAUGGAGUCACACUUACCUACUGUCCCAAGUGCGAAGAGGCCUCAAAGUCCUCUGCCGCUCAAGUCACCCCUUUCACCACAAUCUGGACAACAACUUAUCUUUCUCUCUGCACGACCGGUACUUCUCACGGUAUGACACCAGUUGUCUACACUGUCACCGAGUCAUGUACCGAACCUACCCCUACCUGGACUCCUGGUCCAAGUUACGUUCCUCAAGGCUUCACCACCACCGAAGUCGUCUGCCACCAAUGUGCCGAGGGUCCUGCGACCUACACUGUCACUCAACCCUGCGAUUGCGAACCUACUCCUGCCCCUGCACCUGCCAACCCCACUGGCUCAUCUCCAGGAGGCAAUGGAGGAACCGGAGGCAACGGUGGAAACGGAGGAAAUGGCGGCUCGUCUUCUCCUGGUGGCAAUGGAGGAAAUGGCGGAAACGGCGGAGAUGGAGGCAACGGCGGAAAUGGAGGCAAUGGAGGAAAUGGAGGCAAUGGAGGAAAUGGAGGCAAUGGAGGAAAUGGAGGAAAUGGAGGCGACUCAGGUCCAGGAGGCAACGGAGGAAAUGGGGGCAAUGGUGGAAACGAUGGAAAUGGAGGAAAUGGAAGCCCUGGCACACCUGGAACUCAAGGAGGUAACGCUCAACCUCCUGCUCCUGCUGCCGGCACUCCCGCCGCCAACACUCCUGCAGGCAACGUUGUUACUCAGAUCAGCGAUGGUCAGACCCAGGCACCUACUGGCAACCCUCAGCCCGUCACUCAAAUCUCAGACGGUCAGAUUCAGGCUCCUACUGGUGGCGCCGGACGUCCUGAGGGCCCUCCUGCCAACAACGGCUCGUCGACUGUCACCAUUCCUUGCGCCGGAUCUCAAUGCAAGCUCUCGACUGCUGCAUCACCCAGCGGCACCGCACCCGCAUCUACCAGCCCAGUCUCCUUCACUGGUGCUGCAUCAAGCUUCAGCAUCGGCGGUGCCUUCGCAUCAUUCGUUGCAGUCGCUGCUGCUGGGUUCGCCGUGCUCCUCUAG